AUGAUUGUUCGGCAACUAGGUGUGCGGCAGAGCCGCCAAUUACUGGCCCUGAGUCGCCGCGCUCCGGCUUCCAGCCGCUUUUUCUCCUCCGAAAUUCCAGUUGACACAGCCAUCCAGACCCCUACACUGGAGUCAAUUGAGCCAUUGCCGACUGCUACCCCUAUCCCCAAGGCCCAGAACCCCCUGCAUGAAGUCGUGCAAGCCUCACAAGCACCCGCAGGAAAAUGGACUCAAUGGGAAAAAUCAAAAUCUAAAUUCAACUCCCUCGGCUCUCUAGUCAAAGAUGCUCACGACCCAGAAGAUGUCAUCCGCAACCCUCCCUCCCCAUCCGACAUCACCCUCGAGCUCCUCCUCGCAUCAGGAACCCACCUCGGCCACUCGACUUCCCGCUGGAACCCCCAAAACUCACGCUACAUCUUCGGUGUCCGUGAAGGAGUGCACAUCAUCUCCCUCGACGUAACAGCCGCUUACCUCCGUCGCGCCGCCAAGGUCGUCGAAGAAGUCGCUGCGCGUGGUGGAAUCAUUCUGUUCGCGGGUACACGCAAGGGCCAAAAGCGGGCUGUUGUGCGUGCUGCCGAGCUAGCGGGUGCAUACCACAUUUUCGAGCGAUGGAUUCCAGGCUCCUUGACGAACGGACAACAGAUUCUGGGUCACUGUGAGACGAAGGUGGUUAAUGCGUUCGAUAAGGAGUUGUUGGAUUUCAAGCAAGAUCUUGCGGAUAGGCCCUCCGUCAAGCCUGAUUUGGUUAUCUGUUUGAAUCCUAUUGAGAAUGUCGUCCUGCUGCAUGAGUGUGGUCUGAAUAAUGUGCCGACUAUUGGUAUCUGUGAUACUGAUGCCGAUCCCACCCGACUCACAUACCCCAUUCCUGCCAAUGAUGAUAGUUUGCGCUCUACGAGCCUUAUUGCCGGUGUUCUGGGUCGUGCUGGUCAGGCGGGUCAGGCUAGGAGGUUGAAGAUGGCUGAGGAGGGCAAGUUGACUUAUCAGCCUAUUACUGCACAUGAGUUGAAGGUUGAUCCGUUUACCGGUGUUUUGCCUGGUACUGAGGGUCAGAAGAAGAAUUAA